ACACUUGUAUCUGCGCCGCACACGUGUGGUUCUUCUAAACUUGUACCCAUGGCGGGUUCAUUUUCUCAGCAGCUCGAGGAUUUGUUGAAUCCUUUGCCUAAAUUUGCCGACCCUGAAGAUGACGAGGAUGAAGCAACGAAAGCCAAAGUUGUAGAUAAAUCCAACCAGGACGAUGACGAAGAUGAGGUCGGCCACAGCGCUCUGCGGAAGCACAGCACAUCCCUGCUCACAGACACUGACAGACGGUACGUGGGGAAGGCAAUCUCCCGUAAGCAGCUGAUGAUUGAUAUUGAUGGAUCUGGUGAUGAUGAUGAUGAUGAGGAGGAGGAGGAGGAGGAGGGCAGCGUAGAGGAGCUAGAGGAAGAUGGAUCUAUGGGGGAUGAAGAAGCUGAUGAUGAUGAUGAUGAGUUAGAAGAUGAGGAGGAGGAGGAACUGGUGGACAGUGAUGCACAGCUUGAUGUCAAACUAGAGAAAAAGACCAAAGGUGCAGACGUGACCUUUCCUAAAGGAGUGGACUUCCACAAACUCACUGAGGGCAUGGAUGACCUCGGAAUGAGUGAGGAAGAUGAUGAGAGUAGAGAUGACACAGAGGGCAGCGAUGAUGAUGAUGACGAGAUGGGAGAGGACGAUGAAGACGCAGAGGAAGAUGGAGCUGUCCACACCUUUUCCCAGGACAAAGUAGACGAGGAGGUUGAUAAAGGGAAGGCUGUGAAGAACCAGCUGGCUCUGUGGGACCACCUGCUCGAGGGCCGGAUCAAAACCCAGAAGGCUCUGGUGACGGCGAACCAGCUUCCCCAGCCAGAGACUCUCCCAGAAUUCAAGAGGAGGGGCGGAGCUGAGCUUGCAGGUGAGCUGAAAAAUGCUCACAAAGCUUUGAAAGCUCUUCAGAGAUCCCUGCUGGAGCUGCAAGACCAGCUGCUGUACCAGAACCCACACACCAGGAGCAUCGCUCUGGGGAAGACUGGAGCUGAUGGUGAGGAUGAGGAGAUAAACAGUGAUGAGGAUGAGGAAGAAGAGGGGUCAGCUCAGGAGGAUAGCGCCAUGAAACGUAAACUGGAGAUGGCUGAGUAUCCGGACUUUAUGGCCAAACGUUUUGCUGCAUUCCAACCUUACUGUAACGCUACGUUACAGAAGUGGCACGACAAAACCAGAUUAACGAUGGGCAAGACCAACAGGGGUUUUGGAGCUUUUGAUAGAAACAUACUAACACAGGUGGAACAGGUACUAAUGGACAAGGAGAGGCUGGUGAGGCGUACUCAGACCCGCCGCUCUGAAUACAGAGUCCUGGGGAAAAAGGAAACCUCCUCUCUCACCUCUGAGACUGUUUUCACAGAAGGAGAAGCAGCAGAGCAACAGUUGAAAGCAAACACACAUCUGAAAGAUCUGGAUGAAGACAUAUUUGAUGACGACGACUUCUACCACCAGCUGCUCAGAGAGCUUAUAGAGCGGAAGACGAGUGCUGCAGACCCCAAUGACCAGGUGGCUAUGGGUAGGCAGUGGCUGGCCAUCCAGAAAUUACGCAGCAAGAUAAAGAAGAAGGUGGACACUAAAGCCAGCAAGGGACGUAAAGUGAGAUUCCACAUCCACAGCAAGCUGGUCAAUUUUAUGGCUCCUGUCGAUCACAGCUCCAUGAGUGACGAGGCGCGCACUGAACUCUACCGUGGACUCUUUGGUCAGAACUCCACAGCCAGGGAGUGAAACAUGAACACACUUUUUUUCCAUACCAGCGGAUAAUAUAGAGCAGCAGUUUGGGCAGUUAGGACUUGGACUCAGCAAAGCGGACCUUGAAGUUCCUAAAAAUACCUCCUUACUGACAAGCUUUCAUCGUUAUGUUUGCUCUGUUUGUGUAUUGGACUAAUUUGUAUAACAAGUGUCUCCCCAGAACAAAAUUCUUUGAAUACGAUGUAGAUUUGGAGAUCGAUCGAUGCAUAUUUCUGGUGAAAUCUGAAUCAAAUAUUUAAGUAAAAGUUUUACUUAAAGUUAUUUAGUUUGUUUCUUUUUUCAAUGAAAGCUUUAUGAAAUAAAGAACAAACAGACAAGCGCUCAAAUAGUGUUAUAAAAUCAAAUGAAUAAUCAAAAAACAAUUAAAAAAAUAAAGAUAACA